AUGCGUCUCGCUCCAAUCACUGUCGGUCUUGCAGCAUGUGCCAAUCUGGUGUCUGGUAUGGCUUUCACGGCUCCUGCCCGAUGCUUGACGAUGAAAGACACGGCUGAGAAACUGGACGUUAAUCGUUGGAUUGAUCUGUGGCUGGAAACUACCUGCAAACGCUGUCAGUCGCCCAAGCUGUCGGAUUAUCGAACUUUGCGGGAAAGCCACGUCGCUCCCUUUGUGAAGGAUUGCUCUGACUCUAUGGGCACUUCUCACCUUUCCUCCAACUACCUUGCCCUCGCUGAUAGCCUCUUGGACCUGGCCAAAAGCAAAUGCGAGGUAACCGACGAAACCGACUUGUGCGAGGAUCCUGAUCAAUUGAAGACAGUAGCCAAGUGCGUUCAAAGCAACGCCUGGUCUUUCGUCCUGGGCAACGUCGGUAAUUUCCUGUCCAUCCUGUUGGCAGACCCCUGCGGCAGACAAAUGGACUUCAUUGCAAACCCGGACACUCUGGACCGCACCAUUCGUUCCCACUUGGCCAACUACGAGAAAACUUGCCCAAAGAAUAGCAAAUCGCUCGGCCAGUGA